AUGAGUCGCAGAUCUGUGGGCGAGCUCAGCAGGUAUCUGCUCGAGGGCCGCAUAUCACAGCGAGGAUGCAUUAACGGUCGGCGGCUGUCUUCACGAACAGUGCCUGUCUGGUCGUCUCUUCGUCCACCUUACGCCCUGCGGCACCUCCAUACGCAGCCUGAACCAGCGGCGGCAGCAGCAUCAUCACAGCCAAUCCAUGUCCCACUGCGGAAACAGCUCAAGGAGCAGGCAAAGCAAGCCAAAAAACAAGGCAAAAAGAAAUCCAAGGGCGACUCCCAAACCGUUGACGGCUGGGAGCUGACCGUCGGAAUUGAGAUCCAUGCCCAGCUCAAUACGUCUCGCAAGCUGUUUUCGCCGGCCGCAACCUCCUUCAACGAUGAGCCAAACAGCCACGUGGCACUGUUUGAUGUUGCAAUGCCGGGCAGCCAGCCAUUGUUUCAAAAGGAGACUCUGAUUCCAGCUAUUCGGGCAGCACUGGCCCUCAACUGCGAGAUACAGCCUCCUUCGGGAUAUCAGAUUACGCAAUUCUACGAGCCGUUUGCUAAAAAGGGACACAUUACGCUCCUUGCUCGUGAUGGCAUCUCUACGGAGGAUGGCGAGAGCGUCACCGUCGGUAUCAAACAAGUGCAGCUCGAGCAGGACACAGCCAAGACCCUCGCACAGACGGGAAGCGUUCACUGGCUGGAUUUCAACCGUGUGGGCGUACCCUUGAUUGAAAUAAUCACCGAGCCCGAGAUUCAUCACCCUCGCACGGCUGCUGUGUUUGUGCGCAAAAUCCAGCUGCUUCUCAACACUGUGGACUCCAAGAAGCUUGGCACCCGUACAGAGAUUAAAAACUUGAGUACGAUCAAGGCCGUGGAGGAUGCCAUCAUUGCCGAGCGCGAUCGUCAAAUUCGACAGUUGGAAGCAGGCGGCGUGAUUGCUGGCGAGACGCGUGGCUGGACAAUUGGAUCCAAGGAAACCCGUCGUUUGCGUGGUAAAGAGGGCGAAGUUGAUUAUCGUUACAUGCCCGACCCUGACCUACCGCCGCUUGUUAUUGGGAACGACAUUGUCCAACGUCUGCAGACAUCGCUUGCUGUUCUGCCAGAUACCGAGCUUGACAAGCUGGUUAAUCACUACGGCCUCACUCCCAAGGAUGCCCUCUCCCUCAUCACACUGGACAAUGGAUCGCGUGUGCAGUACUUUUAUCGCGUCCUAGCUUUGCUGGAGAUCAAGUCGUACUCAACAUUGGCCGGAAACUGGAUCCUUCAUGAGCUCGGCCGCCUGACGACCUACAAAGCUGGUCCGCUUGCGUCGGGAGAUCUGUCAUUUACCCAGCUCGGGGAAUGUGCUCAAGUGUCCGAGGAGGACUUGUCGCAGCUUCUCUAUCACCUCUACCGCAAGCACAUCACGGGUAAAGUAGCAAAGGAGCUUCUCAUGGCCGUAUACUUGGGUGAACUUGAAGGAGGAAUCCUGGAAGCCAUCAACAACAACGACCUGUGGUUCAAAGAGAUUUCCCAGGAAGAGUACGAAGCCCUUGCUGCUGAGGCCGCCGCGGGUGAAGACAAGGUGCUGGAAGAAUUCGCCGACGAGCAAAAGUAUCCCCAGGGCAAGCUCAUGUAUCUAGUUGGCAAGAUGAUGCGCCUCGGACCCACUGAGAGGAUUGAUCCCGCAGUGGCAGAGAACGCGAUGAGGCAAUGGAUCGAAAGAUUCCACGGCAGGUGA